UGUGUUCACCCUAACAUUUGCCAAUGAUGCAAAACAGGAUAUCCUCAACAUCAAAACAAUCCAAUGCUCCAGCAUUUUGAGGAAGAACAACUCACAGAAGUGCUACUGUGUAACGCAAAAUUUGCCUGCUUGGAUUAAAUGAAGUAAAGGAGAAGUGAAUUAGCCACCACAUAGCCUCGCUGUUAAAAUGAACUUCACAACCUCUGGAGGAACUUCUUUGGCUCUGGCGUUGCAGUUUGCGUCCAAAGACGAAACUGCGUCAGUUUCAUUAUCCCCAAACUUUGACACCACCCUAUCCGUGCAGGCUGCAGGAUGUGAAAACAGUGGCAGGCAGUUUGGCGACCUAAACCAGCACUUCAGCCAGGAGUUUCAGCCCACGCGCGUUCACCAGGGAAAUCAGUCGACAAACCAGGGUCUAUUUGGUACAUUCCAGCAAACAGGACACAGUCCUCAGCAGGACCAACAAACAAGAUCAGUAAUGCUGGAAUAUACAAAUGAAAGUCAUCAAGUAUUGCUGGACAAGGAUCAACCUCAGCAAACACUGCAGCCGGUUUGGCAACUGACAAAUACUGGCUCAAACGUCGUGGAAUACCUCUCUCACUUGCCAGUAGCCUCUCUUCCCAUAAGCUUGGAACAAAUUUUUAAGAUAUCUGGGGAAAGUACAAAAAAGGAUUCUGCGCAGCAAGGAUAUUUAAUCCAGAACGCUAAAAAGAAGAAAAAGAAACGACCUGCGAAGGAACGAGCGCGCCAGCUUAUUCCAGGUGAAGUUCGCAUCACCACGGCCCUGGACGGGACCACCCUAUUCUGCUGCCCUGAGUGCCACAUGGGGUACUGCGAGAGAGAGUUGCUGGAGCAGCACUUGGUUGGCCACAAACUCGAGCGCCGUUUCAUCUGCGAUAUUUGCGGAGCAGGACUCAAGCGGAAGGAUCACCUGACAAGGCACAAGCACAGCCACAACCCUGAGCGGCCCUUCGUCUGCUCCAUAUGCAGCAAGGCCUUCAAGCGCAAGGAGCAACUCACGCUACACUUUGUCAUCCACUCCGGGGAGAAGAGACAUGUGUGUCCAGAGUGCAGCAAGGGCUUCUACAGGAAGGACCAUCUGAGGAAACACAUGAGAAGUCACAUGUCAAGGUCUGUCAAGACCGACAUGUCCAAAUCCAGCGUCCAAACCCGGAUUACAAAUUAGAACAGCUUUCUGUAGAGAGCACUCGCAAAAUACAUGUGAUAUAGAUUUCCGAAAUUUGAGAAUACCUGCUGUGAAGAUCUUCAUAGAAGGCCGACUUGCUUGUAUAUUUUGAGAAAACGUCGUAACUACGUAUUAUACGCCAAAUAUUGAUGCUAUAAAUGUAUACUUUGGGAUUAUAAUGAUUUUACCCUAUGAAAGAUAAAGUGAUCUUGUGUAAACUUUGAGUACAAAUUUAAAUUCGGAAAUUUUCUGCUAGUCAUACGUCAGAUAAUAAUAAAAAAAAACUUGCAAAGUAGUGCCACAAAAAGAUUAAAAUAUUUUGAAUCCGUGAUUCAGUAUGGUGACAGGUCAAACAGCUAUUUUGUGUACGCACUAGUUUUAUAACAAAGCGCACAACUAACGCUUGAUACUUAAGCUCUAGAAUUUAUUUGCUGUGAACGUGCUUAGAAA